GGUCUGUACAGACUCAGGUGGGUUUGGGGGGUGAAUUCCAGAGGGUGGGGGUGACAGCGGAGAAGACUCUGUCCCCCCAAGUUUGAUGGUCCGAGGGGGUCGGAAGAUCUCCCUCUGAGGAUCGGAGGGUACGGGAGAGAGGAUCAGGAUUAUCUGGUACAGAUGAGACAAAACGACCUGCAGUGACCCCUGAGAACAGGACCCCCCCACACACACACACUCACACACACACACACUCACACUCACACACACACUCACACACACACACACACACACUCAUACACACGCACUCACACACACACACACACUCACACACACACACACACACACUCACACACACACACUCACACACACACACACACACACUCACACACACACACUCACACACACACACACACACACACACACACACACACACACACACACUCACACUCACACACACACACACACACACACUCACACACACACACACACACACACUCACACUCACACACACACUCACACUCACACACACACACUCACACACACUCUGAUAACUCAGUCGCAGUGAUCGGUCAUUUCAGUCAUUUCAGUCGUUUUCAUGGUUUUAGUUCAGCUCUCAUGAUUCUUCGGUGACGGCGCCUCGAUAAAGAAAGUGUUUGAUGAUGUAAAUGUGAGCGCAGUCAGAGGGGGAGGAGACUGAGCGACCACGACAGCGGGGUGAUGAUGAGCUUUGGUUUUAUUGUGGGUCAUAAAGAGACUGGGGACAGAUAUAAAACUAACGAUAAUAAAGAGUUCAGAUGGGUGGAGACGAGGAGACGUGGAGUCUCUCUGCUGCAGGAGAAGACGAAGACGAAGCCGACCUCGGACACAGAGGAGAUCUUCUCUCAUGGAGGUUCAUCAGUCAGAAGAAGAAACGGAGUCCUGAUCCUGAUCUUCACAUGUCUGAUUAAAAGUCCUGAAACCUCAGAUCUCCUCCACGUCUGCUGAAUCAGCACUUUCAGGACGAGACUCUGAACAAACAUGAACUUUGGAGGAGAUGAGAUGUUUCCUCAGACCCUCCAGGAGUCCUCUGGUUCAGUCUUUACAGCAGGAAUGUCCAAACUGUUCCUCAGAGGGUCGUGUGUCUGCAGGUUUUCCUUCCAACCAAGCAGCAGCUGACCAGACUCGAUCAGCUGAUCAGUCUUCAGACAGCUGAUUGGUCCGACUGCUGCUCUCGAUUGGUUGGAGGAAAGACCUGCAGCCACAUGGCUCUCAGAGGAACAGUCUGGAGAUGUUAAAGUGAUUCAGAUGAAUGUGAAUAAACUGGUUUGAUUUUUGUCUCUCUAUGAAGAUCAAUCAUGUUAAUAAUCACCGAGCAAUAGAGGAUUUGAUCGUAGUUCUCUGAAGGUUUUCUUGGUUUCUUGGAGAAGCUGCAGGUUCAGGUGGGCGGGGCGUUCCUGAUGCUCCUCACCUGUGGAGUCAUUAUCUGAAAUGAGGAACACCUGGGCGUGCAGAGUAAAGCAGCAGGACCGCUCUGCUGGUGCCGCUCUCUCUCUCUGAUUGGGUUCCUGUAGUGUCGGUGUUGGACGGUUCAGCAUGUGGACUCGUGAGAGCAGGUGAGUCCGUCUUCACGGUUCUUCUCAGAGUCUCUUCUCUCGGACCUUGACCCGUGUUCCUCUCUCUAAUGAAGGUUGUUUUGGAGCUUGGUGGCUGCUGUCGUGGUUCUGGGACAAGCGAGGCCCAAACUGAAACAGAACCUUCAGUCAAGUAAGACCUGACCCUCAAACACGCUGACUCUGCAGUUUCUGAAUCAGCUGAUUUUGACCUUCUCCCCUGACAGACGGCGGCCUGAGGUCAGACUGCGCGGGGAAUCUCAUGAGGCUGUGGUUGGACAAAGCUCUGGCGGUGGGGAACCAGCUGGAGGUGGAAGCUCUGAGUGAGUGUGGUUCUGACCGUCGACAGACAGGUGGGUCAGCAGAACCGUGACCCUGUUUCUCCUUCCAGAUGGUUCCCAGAAGACUCUGCUGACUCCCAGUCUGGCUGCUCAGUGUGGGUACAGCAUGGAGUCGGACCCGUGGGGGAACACCAGGAUCUACAGCUCUCUGCUGGCCUGCUACGUGGACAACAAAGUAUGCUGAGUCGAGGGUUUCACACCCCCCAUUUCCUUAUAGCUUCUCGGUUCUGAAGACCUUCAUGGUCCAAAUGUUUUUGACGAGCAGACGGCGUGAUUUUCAGAACAUCCUGGUUUAUUUUGUCGUCGUCUGUGAUCCGUUUUCUUCUCCGAUUAAGAGUGACCUUCAUGAUCUGCAGCUCCGUCUGAGUCUGAGAGACCAUGACGUUUAGAAAAGUCUGAGACCCGCAGAGGUGAACUUCAGGGUCGGGCUGGGCGAUGUCAGCUGAUCAUCGAUCAAUACCAGGAUAUAAAAAUCUAACAGUGUUUAUUGGUCUCAUGUCUUCUCCAACACAAUAAUCAUCUGUGAGGUCUUUGUGUCUCUUUGGCGUUUUGUCGUUGUGAUGUUAAAGUGCUAUGAUUGGGUGGAGCUGCUGUCUGCUACGACACAGCUGUUUGAUACUUGGUUCUAAUUCAGAACAUGAUUGGUUCAGAGGGAAGUGGAGAAACUCCUUCUUAUUGGCUAUUCUUUUUUUUUUUUGUUUUGAGAUUUAUUCUGGAAAUAAAUCUUAAAAACUGAGCUCCAUGUGUAUUUUCGGGUAAAUCUGGUUCCUUUAAUAGUCAGACGAUCAUAAUCAUUGAUCUGUUUCACUGGAGUUAAAAAUACAGAUUAAAGAUCAGAAUGACAAGUAUUGAAAAGGAUAUUGAUCAUGUUUUAUAUUGAUUUGAGGGACAUUAAUUUUCCAUGUUUAUCGCUCAGCCCGACUUCAGGUUUAGAGAAGUCUCUGUCUCUCUCUCUCUCUCUGUCUCUCUCUCUCUCUCUCUCUGUCUCUCUCUCUCUCUCUCUCUCUCUCUCUCUCUCUCUCUCUCUCUCUCUCUCUCUCUCUCUCUCUGUCUCUCUCUCUCUCUCUCUCUCUCACUCACUCACUCACUCACUCACUCACUCACUCACUCACUCACUCACUCUCACACUCAAACAUCCUCCUUUUUUAAAAACCUCCUUCUCACUCCCACCUCCAUCUCUGGACGAACAGGAAGACUCCAGGUUCACGGUGGGUCUCAGACUGCGGAUGUUCGGCCAGAGUCCAUCAGAUGUUGUCAGCCAUGAUGUGACGCAGACCUGCAGCCACAGCCGCUGGGCCUCCAGAGAGAUCCUCUGUGACAGGAACUACAUGGAAGUACGUGUGUGUGUGUGUGUGUGUGUGCACCUACCUGCUGAUGUCAGGCCGUCAUAUUUCAGUGAUGAGGUUGUACUUCCUGUUUCCAGGUGUCGAACUACAUCGCCGCCCCUGAUGCAGGAGCGAAAGGUCAAAGUCAGGAGGACGAUUCAAAGAUGAACGCCGUCCCUGAGGUAGAGGUCUCCUCACGCCGCUUUAAAGGGAUAUUCCAGCAUUAAAUUAAAGGUCAAACCCACCGUAACCCCGAGUUAGACCCCGCCUCCAGAGAUGAAUGUUGUCGACCGCUUCCUUCUCUAAUCAAACCAACUUUAGCAAAGAGACUAAACACAACUCACCUACUCUCUUCCAGCAGACGCUUGUUUGUAGAGAGACCUCAGGCCAGUCCAUUACAGACUACAGCGGGGUGCCGCAGCUCAAGGAAGAACAUUUCUGAUCAUGUGUUUGACCCUAAAUUAGUCAGAAUAUCCCUUUUUUAAACGUUCAGAGUCUCUCCGUCAGAACAGACCCGGUUCAGAUCCUCCUGUCCUCCUCAGACCUCUGCAGAGACUCCUGGGAUCUGGAAGGUGACCUUUUACACUCCAGAGCCGGUGUCCAUGGUGCCGAGGGAGGCGGGGCAGGCUGGUUAUGGCGCCAUGAUGACCACGAACCGUCUGGUGAUGAGGAGCCCGUACAACACAGCAGAGACGUCUUCAGAGGACGUAGGUAGUGACCUCGUUUCCUGUUUCUGGAAGUUUCUUCCUGUAAACGCCGUUUAACUGCUUCCUCAGGUCGCCGGCGUCCCCAUGGAGGUUUUCAGAGUGAGCGUGUACUACAAGGCGCCUCACGGUCUGAAUGUGGUCAACAUGGCGGCUGCCUGUCCUACAGGUGAGUACGGAGCAUCAUGGGUACAGGGGCGUCGUUGUAGGACUGUUCUAGGAUCGGUCUGUUCUGUUCAAAGGUGGCGUCCUCUUCACCGAGGAGGUCAUCUCUUGGCACGUUCCUCGCCGCGUCACCCCUCUGGUGGACGGCGGCGUUAAAGUCAUUGAAAUGCACAUGGGCAUCAACGGGCAGCGGCUGGACCGCUCUCAGAUGGCGGCCCGGGGUUACACGCUGACCACCACGGACUUCCACAUCAUCGUGGAGAUCCCAGUGGGCUCGCCUGACGGUUACUACAAGGUGUGAGGAAAGAUCUGGAUCUGAUGAGUCACUGAGGUCACCUGGUCCUUCUCCGCCAUGUUUUAUUCAAACCUCAUGAAUAAUUUCAGAGCCAUGCCCCAGAUUUCCAGUACCACGUCACCUUCACCCUGGAGCCCAUGCUGGAGGUUCUGUGGAGGGCCGACAACACCCAAGAGGACACCCGCUACAAGGUCCUGUUCCCCAUCACCACCCCCCUGAUGCCCAGACCUCCACACGCCCAGGACGGUGAGUCUGAACCCCGCCCCUCUGAGAGGAUCCCACUUUGACCCCAGAUCACUAAAAUAAGUAACGCCAUCGCUAACGGGAGAUUUUAAUAAUAGAUGAUUAUAAUAAACCCGAGAGAGUCCUUGUCAUUAAAACACGACAAAUUAAAAUCGUUUCCUUUUAUUUUUAAAAGGUACGGUGGCCGAGGACCGCCACUGCAGCAAAUACGAAGAGAACGCAAAAAAAAAAAUUAAACUACAACAGAAGUUACUCAAAAAAAAAAAAGGGGGUGAUGGGGAAUUUUUUAUUUUUAUUUUUUUUUAAUUAAUUUUUUUAUUUAUUUAUUUUUUUGCAGUGGCAGUUCUUGGCCACUGUACAAAGUGACAUGAGGGGACCGGAUAAAAAUGCAUCAAAAUAACUGAAAUUAGACAUUCAUCAAGAAAAAUCACUUAAAAUAUAUUUAAAUAUUUAAACUGUUUAAAUUUUCUUUUCCAUGUGAGUCUUCUCUGGUUCAGACCCAGGGUCCUCAGAACCAGAAUCUGUCAGAUCUGGAGUAAAAAUGACUCCAAUAUUUCUGAUCUCCAUCUGAACUCACUUAAAAUCACGACUUUGUGACAGUUAUUUAUAACCACUGCACUAAAUAAAGAUAGCAGGUAAACUCCAGGACCACUCUGACCCACCCACUCUGUCAAAUCCACCCAAACCUACUUUACCCUCCAUCACUAACAUCAGCCUGUGAACACGAGUCUGUAGGAAAAAGCAGGUUUAGGAUCAGAGAAACAAAUCUGUCUUCAAAGAUGUCAAAGGAAACGCUGAAGAUACUCAGACAGACAACAUCAGGAACAUCACCCAGAGAUCGUCUUCUAGGGUUAACCGCCAUCUUGUCCACACAGCUACCGUCCCAGAGGACCGUGUCUUCAGCGUCCAUGUUGGGACGUUCCUCCCUGAUGUGGAGCUCAGGAACAUCACGUUUCCCACCGGCGUUCUCACCGUGGGCGAAAGUAACGCCAGAGGAUUCACCGUCCAGGAGCACGUCUUCGCCAACGGAUCCAGAAGCUUCUCCCUGACAGUGCCGUUCAGCGCCGACGCCGUCCUGAAACAGGUAGGAAGAACUUCCUGUUUCCCACGUUUCGAUGUUUUUACGGCGCCGCUGAGAUUUCUUUAAUAUUCGUAGAACUCUGAGCCGAUGGUCACCACCUACUUCCUCCCCCUGGUCUUUGGCUUCAUGGUCCUGCCUGAAGAAACGCCGUUCGCCCACCGAGUGGACCUGCACGCCUCCCUGCGAGACGUUGGUGAGUCCGUGUUUCUGUCCUGAUGAUUUUCACAGCGUUGGUCUCCUGGUUAGAAGUUCUCUCCUGCUUCAGAACUUCCCACCAUCACCAUCACCGGAACCUGCGACCAGAACCUGUUCUACAUCAGCGUGGCGUACGGGAGCCAAGGCAACAACUUUGAGACCAUGGUCGGACCUCGACAGCUGACGCCCGAGCUGGCCGAGAUCUACAGCUUCAAAGAGAACCGGACCCACUACAGCCUCGCCGUGCCGUUCACCGCCAAAGACACGGCGUUUGAGGUACGUCUGCGACACGUCGGCACUAAUCCGCCGCCCUCCCUCCUGCCCGCCGUGGUUAACGGCUCUUUGUCUUUCAGCUGCUGACGUCAGACUCGGUCAGAGCCCGACUGGACCUGCUGCUCUACCAUCCCGACAACAACUGGGCUCUGGCCGACCUUCACCUGACCUGCAGCUUCCCCAUGACCACCACAGGUGAGGAGCUGCUGAGUCAGCGGUUCUGCUGUUCGGAGGGUCGAAGGACCUCAGAGACGAUCAAUGAUCAUUAUUGAUCAGAAAUGAUUAUUGAUCAGAAAUGAUUAUUGAACAUCUGCACGUUAAAGGUCAUUCAAACAUCUUCUCCCAUCUUGAAUAAAUCCAAAACUUUUUUUUUUUCCUUUUCUUUAUUCUCUUUCUCUCCUUCCUUCCUUCCUUCCUUCCUUCCUUCCUUCCUCCCUCCCAGCGUGUUUCCCUAACGGAACCAUGAGCGCUCUGGCCGUGAAGGUGGAGUCGGUGCCCCACCUGGUCCCGGCUCAGCUGACUCUGAGGGACCCGUCCUGCAGUCCGUGGUUCAGCGACGAUCGUUUCGCUCAUUUCUCCUUCGGCGUGGACUCCUGUGGAACCACCAGAACGGUAAACCCGGUUCUAUCCAGAGGUUGAAGGUCUGAGGUCUACCAGAACCUUCUGAUCGGAUCUGUUUCUUCUAGUUCUUCGAGAACUACAUGCUGUAUGAGAACCAGAUCAGCCUGAACCACAACAAGCAGGUCCACAGCAAGGGGGCGCCCCUCAGCCACCCCACAGACCCGGAGUACAGGUCAGCAGGCUCUAAAGGUCCUGGUUUAGGAUCGGGAACCUUCAGGUGAACCGUUCUGGUCUUGUUUUCCAGACAGACCGUCUCCUGUUACUACGUGGUCAACGAGGCUCUGAGCGCCACGUUCAGGUACAGACCCAGGAUCAGCGAGCCCGCCGCAGAGACCGGAUCAGGACAGCUGAUGGUCCAGAUGAGGCUCUCUCACGGUAACGUGGACUUCCUUACAGUCAGAGUCCAGGGUCAGGCUUCCCCCUCUAAUCCUGUCCUCUCCAGAUCCGUCCUAUCAGACCUUCUACCAACCUGAGGAGUUCCCGGUGGUCCGGGUCCUGAGGGAGCCCCUGUACUUCGAGGUGGAGCUGAUGAGGUCUGAUGAUCCUCAGUUGGAGCUGAUCCUGGAGAACUGCUGGGCCACGCUGCAGGAGGACCGGACCUCUGAGCCCCGCUGGGACAUCAUUGUGGACAGGUGAUCCAUGGGAGGCUAAAACUGGCGUGAUGUGACGCCGUCUCAGACUAAAACCCGUUAAAGUUAAAGCUGAGCGUUCUGGACCGGUCUGAGAGGAGAGGGUUCCAGACCUCCAGACCGAUGGAUGAUAUUUUUAAAUUCUGAAGUUCUGGGUCAGUGUUGACUUUCUGUUCGCCUCAUAAACGUCGGCGCCGCUUUAACGCCAACGCUUGUUUUGACCGUUUCUUCUCCAGCUGUGAGAACCUCGACGACGGAUACGUGACCCUCUUCCACGCCGUAGAGAGCGACGCCCGAGUUCCAGUGCCGUCCCACGUCAAACGCUUCUCCAUAAAGAUGUUCACCUUCACCAGAGACGAGGAGGUCCUCAAAGACCAGGUAAACAUGGACGCACAGUCAGAAGCUGAAGUUUGACCUCUGACCUCAUGAUGAAACCGUCUGUCCACAGAUCUACGUCCACUGUGACGCCGUCAUCUGCGACAGCCGAGCGGACGCCGUCUGCAGAGGACAGUGUCUGCAAACCACAGACUCCUCCUCCCACCCCGGACACGGAGUCCCAAAAGGACUAAAACGAGGUGAGAGUCCAGACGGAUCCAGACCGAUGAGGUCCGGUUCUACAGCUGAACGUGUCGAUCCUUUUUGUUUCAGAUCGAAGAAGUCCAGGAUCCACUCGGCAGAGACGUCUCUCCUCUGGACCCGUCCUUCUGUUCGACCCAAAACGCUGACGAAUAAACAGCUGCAACUUUUUCCCUUUUUGUCUCUCUGUGGUUUUUUGUUUUUACAAAGUCAGUCUACUAAAACUGGUUUUAAGAGUUUUAGGGUCGGUGAGGG